GGUGUGUUUUCCUCGCACUGCAGCAUCAGCAGUGAAGAGAGGCCACAAUCAAUCUGACACAGAGCAGGAGACACAAGAACCUUCAGGGACAGAUAAAACAACACAGUUGCCAGAGGAGCACGGAAACCUGAAGCCGUUCCGUAACUGCAGAGUGAGAGUGCAUCAGGAGGGUGUGGACCUGAGAGAACCAUACAGGAAGAAGAAACAGUGAAGAUUGCUCUUCUCUGACUGGGAUAAUCGCAGAUUUUCCUGCCCGUUGUGUUUGUGCCUGUCAGCAGGUGCAAUGCCUGCCACGUCACAACAGCAGGUGGGCAGCAGGGGGCGAUGCGCUGCUCUCCUGCUCCCUCUCCUCUUGCUGUCUGUGGCUCCCAGGCCCGGGAAUGCCACCAUCAACAUCCCAUCCAAAUACAAAAUAAGAGACUUGAAAAGCCCCCCAGUGAUUACCGCCCAGCCGGAGUCUGUCACCACCUUUUCAGCAGAUGACAUCACACUCACCUGUGAGGCAACUGGGAAUCCCCCACCCACGUUCCGUUGGGUGAAAGAUGGUGUGGAGUUUGACCCCUCUAAGGACCCUGAACUCUCCGUGUCCAGAGAUUCUGGGACGUUUUCGUUGACAGCCAAAGAUGGACCCAUCCACCAGUACCAGGGCAGAUAUAACUGCUACGCAUCUAACGAUCUCGGCACGGCGGUGUCUAAAGAGGCUCGCAUCAUCACAGAGAACACUCCCACUCUACAGAAGGAGAGGAAAAUAACGAAGAAGGUGGAGGAAGGCGAGAGUGUGGUGCUGCCUUGUAAUCCUCCUAACAGCACUGUGGCUCCGGUCAUCCACUGGAUGGACAAGAAGCUGCGGCACAUUCAGCAAAACGAGCGUGUGAUUCAGGGCCGCGAUGGAAACUUGUACUUCUCUCAUGUGACUGCGGCAGACAGUCGGGACGACUACACCUGCAACACUCAGUUCCCCAGUGCGCGCAUCAUCGUCCUCAAAGAGCCCAUCAAUCUCACUGUUGUCCCCUCUAAUUCAGUGGUGCGUAACAGAAGGCCACAAAUGAUGCGACCCACUGGCUCCCGCAGCUCCUAUCUGGUGCUCAGCGGCCAAAACCUGGAGCUGGAGUGCAUAGUUCAGGGCCUGCCCUCUCCCAAUAUCCAGUGGAUACGGAAAGAUGGAGUCCUGUCUGAGUCCCGCACAUCCAAAGAAAGUUAUGAUCGAGUUCUGCGCUUUAAGAAUAUCUCAGAGUCUGACAGCGGCGAGUACCAAUGUACCGCCACAAAUGUGCAAGGCAUAAUCACUCACACCUACAGCGUCACUGUGGAAGCUGCCCCAUAUUGGACUAAAGAACCAAAGAGCCAGCUGUACGCCCCGGGAGAGACGGUCAAACUGGAAUGUAAGGCUGACGGCAUUCCCAGCCCUGAGGUCACCUGGAGCAUCAAUGGCAAUCUUCUUACUGAUAUUGACCCAGACCCCAGACGCAGUGUGAAACAUGGCGUUCUCACUCUGAAGAAUGUGGACCUCAGUGACACUGCGGUGUAUCAGUGCAAAGCAGUCAAUAAGCAUGGAUCUAUCCUCAUCAAUGCCUACGUCUAUGUCAUAGAACUGUCUCCCCAGAUUCUGACAGAAGAUGGUCUGAUGUAUUCUGUGGCAGAGGGACAGACGAUUGAGCUGGCUUGUGAGACCUUUGGCUCUCCACGGCCCAAUGUCACAUGGGAGGGUGAGACCUGGGGUGCUCUUGUAGCCAACCCAAGGAUGAGUCAGUUACUCGAUGGCUCUUUACAGAUCAGUAACGCCUCCCUUAAUGACAGCGGCCAGUACACCUGCACUGUCAGCAACAGCAAAAUCACCAUCACUGCUGAGCUGGACGUACUCAAUAAGACAGUCAUUGUCAAACCUCCUUUGGCUCUGAGAAUCCAACGGGGGAAGCCUGCUACCCUCACCUGUGAGUACCAGGUGGACUCCAGGCAGGACGCCCCUCAAGUCCAGUGGAGGAAGGACCAACAGAAGCUCAGCGAGUCUUCUGAUUCAGACAAGUACAUGAUAGAUGAAUCCACUCUCAUUAUACCUGAUGUCGAGGAAGAGGAUGAAGGGAUUUACACCUGUGAAGUCAUUACCACUCUGGAUAUAGCUGAAGCGAGUGGCUCCAUCACUAUCGUCGACCGACCAGAUCCUCCAACCCAAAUACAGAUGACCGAACCUAAAGACCGCAGUCUCACUCUCAGCUGGACACCUGGAAAUGAUCACAACAGCCCUGUGCUAGAGUAUUUGAUUGAGUUUGAGGAGACUGAAUAUGAAAGAAAAGAAUGGGAGGAGCUAACCCGUGUCCCAGGCAACAAUCAGCGAACUACCCUUUCCCUAAAGCCUUUCCUUUCCUACCGUUUCCGAGUCAUCGCCAUCAAUGACAUCGGCAAGAGCGACCCGAGCAUGUACACAGACGUCUUUUCCACACCAGCUGCUGCUCCAGACAGUAACCCUGAAGGAGUGCGCAGUGAUUCCAUCAACCCAGGCAUCCUUGUCAUCACAUGGAAGGAAAUGGACAGACGUAGUUUCAACGGCCCAGGUUUUCUCUAUAAAGUGAUGUGGAGAAAAGUUUUAGGCAGCGGUCCGUCCUGGCACACCCAAUCUGUCGCCUCUCCACCCUUCUACGUCAAAGAUGUGGGCAACUUUUCUGCCUUUGACAUUAAAGUGCAAGCUAUUAAUGAGAUGGGAGAAGGUCCAGAGCCCAAAUCCACCAUAGGAUACUCUGGAGAGGACUACCCGCUUGAGGCCCCUUUGAAUGUGGCAGUGGAUCUGAUCAACAGCACUGCCAUUAAAGUGGUGUGGGCGCCCAUAAACAGAGAAACUGUGAGAGGUCGUUUGCAGGGUUACAAGAUUUAUCUAAUGCACUACGGCCCGGAAAGCAGACACCUCAGACGGGAGCGUGUUAGGGAGGGGAAGCCAAGCAACAUCUCGUUUGUGAUGACAGACAGUAAUGAGGAGAAGAAGGUUCUGGGAGAUCUGCAGCCCUACUCCCAUUACGCACUGUCUGUGAGUGUCUUCAACAAUAAAGGAGAAGGUCCCCAGUCUGACCCCCUCACUUUCCACACUCCAGAAGGAGUACCUGGUCCUCCAUCAUCUUUACUGCUGGAUAGCCCAUCAGAGACAGAAAUGAUACUGCAUUGGACUCCACCCAUCCAGCCGAACGGUGUCCUGAAAGGAUACAUAUUACAGUAUCAACAAGUUGAUAAGGAGGACAGUCCCAUGCAAGUGGUAAAGAUCAGUGACCAUCUCGUGUCUCAUUUCACCUUAAAGCUGGACCCUCACAGCCGUUACCGCUUCUACCUACGAGGCUACACUGCUAAGGGAGAAGGACUGCCAAUCAUCAGGGAGGGAGCUACAACACUGGAUGGAGUUCCACCCUCCAACAUUAGUUUAUCGACCGGAGAGACAUCCGUCAACCUGACAUGGGUAUCGAAAGAAAGACAGAGGAACGUGGGAUUCUUUAUUCAUUACCUGAAAAAGGAUGGUAAAGGCACAUGGAAGCGUUCUGAAAGAGUGAACAGCUCUCAGUCUUUUUACACACUGCAGGGGCUCCAGUCUGGAUCUGAGUACCGUCUGAAGAUUGACUUUAAAAACAAAACUUUAUGGGAGGACGAGAUUCAGACAUCAGGAGCAAAAGUCAUGGAGGUGCGUCAAGGGUUUGUGACCGAGAGCUGGUUCAUCGGACUCAUCAGUGCCCUUGUGCUGUUGCUGCUGGUACUGCUCAUUCUGUGUUUCAUAAAACGAAGCAAAGGUGGAAAAUACUCAGUCAAAGAAAAAGAAGAAGGCCAGAUAGAUUCUGAAGCGCGGCCAAUGAAUAAUGAGGCUUUUGGAGAGUACAGAUCGCUGGAGAGUGACAAUGAGGAGAAGCGGACGGCCAGUCAGCCAUCUCUGUGCGAGGAUAGUAAGCUAUGUACCGACGACGCUCUAGAUGACUACGCCAACAGCAACAGCGUACAGACCGAGGUCAUCAUGGACGAGUCGCUGGCCAGUCAGAGCAGCGGAAUCCGAGAUGUUCCUGACCCCGGGACUCAAGAAAGUUCCCCUCUAAAUCCUGCCACAGCCAUCUCCCACCACGGCCUGCCCAACUCCGCCGCCCUCCUUGACUAGCCGGGGCGAGACCGAGACCAAACGUGGAUUCACACAUGUGCCCACCUGUUGCAACCGCUCAUGACUGACCAAAUAAUCGAAAAAUCACAACAAUGAGACCUACACACACAACGGAUGCCAAGAAAACCAUCCAGAUGCACUGCUGCAACCUACUUCAGACGUAAUUGGACCAACACAAUGCUUUUAAGCCAGAAGAAAACAUUCGACUGACAUAUACUGUAACAAAUAGACUGCCAUGCUCGUUGUUUACAGAUAUUAUCUCUCAUUUUAUGAUAUCAGAUAGGCUAUAGCCGUUUACAGUUAUAGUAAUGUGACAAGAACAUCUCCAGAAGAGACUUCUUUGAUAAUCCGAUAACAAAUAAAGUAGACGUCGAGCUACCACGGCGAACGCCAAAUCAAAUCAGAGUCGGAUUCACGUGUUAGUCAAUAAAAAGCGUUGCGGAAGAAGGGCGUAAAGGAGAAGAGAGAAGCUGAGGGCCUUAAAAUCAUGACUAAGUGCGUUGUGCAAACAUAUAGACAGCAUGAGCUGGUUAUACUGGUUGCAAAAUUUAAUCAACUUCUUGUGUUUUGUGCGUCUCUGCCAUUUGUUUCUUUUUUUUUUAUAUUCUUUGACGAUUUGCCUGAACCAUUUUUAGAAUUAAUUUUGUAUUAAUUUAUUUUUUUUUAACACAAGAAUCAGUUUUGUGUCUUGUUUUAAAGGUGCUGUAAGUGACUGGUACAAUCAUCUUUCUCUGAGGAAUUCCGCAGUGUGUUCUGACAAGAUUUUUUUAGCCAACAACUUGAUUAAUUUGGUUAUAUAUUACAGUAUAUGUUUGAACAGUGGCCAGUUCUUUUCAGAAAUGAAAAUUCAUCUAUUUUCUAAAUGCAUUGGUAUUGUGAACACUAGGGCUGGGCGAUAUGGUAAAAAAUCAUAUCCUUGUAUUUUUUAGCUGAAAUGCAAUAUAUGGUAUCUUAGUCCCCUCUGUUAUGAUUACAGAUUUCCGUAGAAAGGAAGUAAAGGACGACGCAAUGGCUCUAAGACGUAAAAAUUAAAUAAACACAAGAGCACAGAUUAAGUGCAUUAUAUUUUGAUUACCCCAUUACUGCUAUCUAAUAUCAUAAAAUACACUUACUUUAAAUUGUAAAACUUUUUAAAACUUGUACUCAGUCUGUUUGGCGGCGGCCACAGUGGCGCUUGUUGACGUUCACUGAAGUCUGUGAAGAUAAGCGGAGAACAGCACGCAGAAAGCCCCUGACAGCAAAAUGGAAAUAUUUUCAUGACUUUCAAACGCUUACAGAUGGAAACUAGAUGUGAAGUGUGAGUUAUGCACUGAGGAAAACACAUUAAAGAGCGCGUUAAACUUUCAAACGCACUAAAGAGCGCAAGUAAGUUAGCGUCUCUGUCAGCAGCACAUUCGUGUCUGAGAAUCUGACGGGACAUGCCGCUUUAUACGUGUUAACUAUAUCUCAACAGUUGAAUUAUGUCUCACAUUCAGGGCAUUAUGAUUUAUGUCUGCAGUAGCUCACUUUGUGUCCUCCGCUAUUUUUCAGACGCGCUCGUAUCAAUCACUUUAUGGACCGUUUUUCACGACGCGUCAUUAAUAGGCCAUAUUAGCGACGCGGAACGUAAACAAUGCCACUGAGCCGAACGAAAUUUGCUGAUUUUUCCUGCUGAAAAUGGUCAAUUAUUCUCAUGUUUUGGGCUGUACUAAUCGGUCGGACCGGGAAAAAACAUUUGGAGUACUGUAAGAUUGAAAAAGUUAUAACAAAUCAAGGAGAAGAGUGCAAAAAAAAAAAAACUGCCUGAGGAACAAAAGGCGCUUGUGGUUGGCCAAACUGAACCUGGAUUCAAGGGCAAGAAUCUUGACAGCAUUUGUGUUUGUUCUUAUAAUUUCCAGUCUGGUAGGUGAAAUAUUAGGCAAAUAUCUUACUUAAUACUGCUCGUACGUAUCUUUACCACCUAUUAACUUAGGUUUGUCAAAAUAUUGCGUCCUUUACUGCUUACUAAGUCCUUCUCAAUACGAUUAAGCAGCUUCUGCAUGGUUUUUCCUUGGUUUAGACAGCAUAAAUUAACAGAAAACUUAUUCAGUAGUACAUUAACUGCACAAUCCAUGCUGUUGUUUACAUCUGAGUAUCGCCAAAAUGGCCGCGCAUCCGGGUAACCAGGGUUGCCAGGUUUUCACGACAAAACCCGCCCAAUUGCUACUCUAAACUAGCCCAGUCGUGGUUCGCAGGGCGGUCCCCUGGUAAAAAUCGCGUUCUGGGGAUAAAAUACACAUUUUAUGGAUGGGUUCCAUGGGCUAAAUAUCAGGUUUUUGGGGUCGCUUUAACCCGCUUCAACAGUGUUAAAAUUCCCCAACUCCGCGGGAAAAUAGCGAACUUGGCAACACUGUAGGUAACUGACCAAAUCGUGACGCAAGUACAAACCCUCUAUGUUGAUAUGAACGGUAUAUAUACCGCCCAGCCCUAAUUUUUAACUCAAAAUUUUUAUCAAAAAGUGUGUAACAUUCUUCGAGGGAAACUGCAAUGUCACAUUCAGAUCUCCCACAACAGAUGGUCAAAACUAAGUCUCCACUCUACUUUUUUCUUUUUUGUUAAGUUCCAUUAAAAUUCACUUACAGUACCUUUAAGUCAUCUGUACGUUGAUUUCUUAAUAUCGUCUUGACUCAAUAGAAGAUACAUAUCGGCAUCCCCUCAGUUAAGAUGACAUAUUUCCGUAGUGUAAAUACAUGAGAUGCAAUGGCUCUACGACAUAAGACCGUUUAUAGCAAGCUGUACAUAUAAGCAUCUAUCAAUUUAGCCAAAUACAGUAUUAUAAUCUCUUUCAUCUCCAUCGGUUCCUGUGCCUGCCUUCGACUACAUACUCACCACCAUCUUUCAUGUUUAUUUCUCCUUCUCCUCCUUCUGUAUGUGUCUGUGUUCUCUUGUUUUCUGCACUGUAUUAAACUGUACUGACUGGUUCUCUCUUGCAGUCCUGUUGGUGCAAAGCCAUAAGAAUACACACGUAAGGUGCGUAGAUUUGAGGUCGUAUUGAGUUAGAUAGGGCUGUGAGAGAGUACGCCACACACAUACAGUUUAGUUGGGUUACGUAAAAUGCAAUCAUGUAUCGGCUUGUGUCUUAUUACACAGAAUGUAUGCUUUGUUUGGGUGGGAAUCGUUCCUUACCAGUAUACCAAAUAGCAUUCGUUCCCUUUUUCGCUUUUUGGUUCGUUUGUAAAACAAAUAUAGCAGAAUAUAGCACUGAGAGAAUCUAUGGCACAUCUGGUAUUUCUCAAGAGAGGGGCACAGGGGAAAAAAAAAUCUCUUAAUUUCCAGAUGAAUGUAAAUAUAGCCCAGAUUGUUUGUUAUGACGUUGAAAACUGUGUCUUGUUGAUUGUUUUAGGUUUUUAAAUUUGAGUUUUGUAACCUUUUUUAACUUUAAAGUAACUAGUUGUGAUUUCAGUGUGGUAGACAAGUAGUGCAUAGUUUUAAAUAACUAAGAAAAAGUCCUUUGAUAAAUAAAUGUUGCAGGUUCUGAAAAAAAAGCUGAUUGGAUAAAAGAGACGGAAUUUAAAAA